AUGAGCCUUGGCGGUGGCGAUCUACAAGUCAUCUUAAGACGCAUACGUCAUGGUUUCAUAAUCUGUGACGACACAGAGUUAUGCGAUAAGAUUAUUAGUCAAGAUGUCGAUACUGAACAACGACGAAGAAAUUUAGCCAAAUCGAAAGCAAUUGAUAUUGAAAAAACAGAUUUAUUAACAUUACUUCGAACUGAACCCGAUUUUAUCCUCGAUGAAUUAUCUCAUUCACCUGAAUGGACAGCAACUAACGUUCAAGAUUAUCCAGCUGAUGAAUAUCUUGAUCAUCUUCGACGAGUUCGCUGCGAAACAUUGGGUCGACUUGAUGAAAUCAAAACGGAAAACGAAGCAAAACGCAAGGUUCAAGUUAUUUCAUGGCAAGAUCCAUCUCGAGCUCAAAAUGCAGAUGAACCGAUGCAUUCCAAAGACGAUGAUGACGACGACGACGACUCUUCCUCAUUUUUGUUUCAACGCCGUACAGAACCACUUGCACCUCUAAUACGACCAUCACCUCUAACCGCUCUACUUCAGUCAGUAAAUAAUCAGCAAAAUCCAUUUACACAAUAUGCCAAAUUCGAUGGAACGCCAAAUAUCGGUGCAAACCAGUCGAAGAAGUUUACUGUUCAUUUUCAAACUCGAAAACAAAAGUUACUAAUCAUCGUCGCUUCUCAUGCUACCGUCGGAGAAACUGUUGGAUUCAUUUGUUACAAAUACACCAUCGAAAAUCGCGAACCGGCUCUAACCCAGAAAGAUCCGUCCAAAUAUUCCCUUUACAUUGCUGAUGACGAUGGACAAGCAGAAGAUGAUUUACCCACAUUGGCACAUGCACGACCAAUUGGCGAAUACGAAUUUCCUCAUUUAGCAUUAGUUGAACAACAAGAAUCUUCAGCUUCCAAGUUAUCGAAUGAAGAGGAGUAUGUAACCGAUGAUGACGAUGAUAUCAGCGAAUCGUUUGAUGACUCGUCUCAAUCAGCAACGCCGCCACCGAGUGAACCUCGACAUUCAAUUUGUUCGAGUGGAAAACCUGUAUCGAUGAUUGCUGUUCAAGAUAAUCAAUCAGAAGAUGAUCCGAUCCAUAAUUGGAAUCGCUUAUACGAAAGUCUCAAUCAAAAAUCGUAUCCUUUCGAGUAUUAUGUUAAAUCCGGUAGUAGUAAACAUGUCAAAGCCCGUAUUGAUGUGUCCGGUGAACAAAUCCGUAUAGAAUUAUUAGAAAAAACCAGUCGCGUACCGGGUCAAGAUAUGCUCUUUACUACCCAACGUUUAAUUAAUUGCACUUUAUCCAACAAAGAAAUCAGUAAAAAACGAGAUCGCACGCGUGUUUAUCUAACUGUCGAAAGUCAGCAAGGAUCCGAUGGUUCACGUGCAUUUCAAACGUAUGAAUUCGAAUCCACAGUCGAGUCAGCCGAACAGUUCCGUGAUCAAAUAAGUAAUAUCAUUAAAUUAAAAAAUCCUCAAGGACGAGAUACAUACGAAGAACAACAACAAUUGAAACGAGAUAAUACGAAGAAACGACGUUCGAUCUUUAAUCUUAUUGGAGCUGGUAUCGGUAGUACAAGCGGAUCAUCAACUAAGUCUUAA